GUGAACUAACAAACCUCCGUCAUCAGCAGACUCGCCGUCAUCAUGUCCUCGUCAGGCUGUUGAUGCUGACACUGAGCAGAGGGAGGCGGCUGGGACGGAGCUAGCGAGCAUGCAGCACUGGCCCGGUGUGUCAAGGAGGCGGCGCUGCUGAGAGGCGAGUGGUCGGUGCUGAGUGUGUGUGUGUGUGCGUGUGUGUGUGUGAGAGUGUGUGUGCGCCCAACCAGCCAUGGAUGACUUCACCACCAGGACGUACGGCACCAGCGGCCUGGACAACAGACCUCUGUUCGGGGAGACCUCGGCACGGGAUCGAAUCAUCAACCUGGCAGUGGGGGGAUUCACGUCUUUGGUUGUUUUAGUGACUGUCAUCAGCUCCUUUGUGUUCCCCUCGUUGCCUCCUCGACCGCUCAAUGUCUUCUUUGCCGUGUGCAUCCUGCUCACCUGUGGAUCCGCUUUAGUGCUGAUAUUCUGGUACCGGCAGGGCGACCUGGAGCCUAAAUUCAGGAAUCUGAUCUACUACAUGCUGGUGUCCAUCGUGCUGCUGUGUCUAUGUGCCAACCUCUACUUCCACGAGGUCAAGUGAAGACGGCGACGAGGAAGAGGAGGAGGAAGAAGAAGGGACGACAUGGCCUUGACGGACGGUAACACACGCGGGAGGACCGCGUGGACGAACACACGGACCAACGUGACACAAAAAACUCAUCACACACUAACUUGAAUGAACCGCAGUGAGACUGAAGACUCUCGGACCAAAAACCAGUAAAGCUUGAUGGUUCCAGUGGGAUAAAACUGUCAGACUGUUGGUGCGCUGCACACACACACUCACUCUCACACACACACGCAUGAUGAUGUCACAGAGUAGGAAUCAUGACGUACUGUUCGAGGCCGUUAAUCUGCCUGGAGACACCCGGCUGGAGGAGGCGCUCUGAGGUGAAACAGGCGUGUUUACAUGCAGAUAAACAUCUUUGUUUACAGUCUCAUCUUCACAACAACGAUGAGCACUAACGACAGAACGCAGCCGGGUUCGAUAUGAUGACAGUUAAAGGAGAAAUCUCACCCUGUUGCUGUAAAUCCCUUCUGUUUAAUCAUGUAUCAAGUAUCCAGUUAACUUUAUUUAUAUCUUUAAACUACUUCCAGAAAAAAGGGGCAACAUGUUGCUUAAUUUCUAGGGGAUUUUAUAAUUAUAAACAUCUGAAUCUUAAUCAUUCUGCAUGAUGAAGACGGACGCUGUGUCACAUUUUGUUUGUUUCUCAAGACCAGAAUUUGUGACGACGACUUCUAAAUCCCCAAAUCUGCGGCCUGCUUGUUUAAUGGUGCAUUCAGGACCGAUAGAUUAUCAAAUAUCCUGUAUCGUGUUUUCACGGCUGCAACUAGUGAUUAUUUUUAUUGUCAAUUAAUCGAUCAGUUGUUUGGUCUAUAAAAUGUCGAUCAGUGUCUCCAAAAGCUCGUGAAAACGUCUUCAAAUGUCUUGUUUUGUCCACAACCCAACAAUAUUAAGUUUACUGUUAAAGAGGAGGAAAUACUCACAGUUAAGAAGCUGGAAACAGAGAAGUGAAGAUCAAAAUAGUUGCCGAUUGAUUUAAUAGUUGACAGCUAAUCAUGAAACGUUGCAGUCAACUUUUCUUCACUUGGUACACGAGAACUUAACAGACUGUUGAGUUUAUAUUCUCCAUUUUUGUACAGGCAGGAUUUGAUGAUACACAUCAAACUUCUCAACAAGAAAGCAAAUAAUGUUUUCAAAAAAUGUAUACUGCGUUUAUCUUUCCAGCUGUGAGCAACAGUUGAUUUUGCAUCAACAAGCUCACUCAUCAUAAACCACUAACUCAUAGAUACCUGCCACCUGAAUACGCCUGAUUUCUUUCAUCAAAAUCCACGUGUUAUUAUUAUAAACCUUGACAAACGUCCCAUCUUACAACGUUAAAGAAAGUAAGAAUAAACUCCUGGAUCUGUUCCAAAAGUUAAUGAGGUCUAAUCCAGGCCGAGACUCGUCCUCCUUCCAAGUUUCAUGGAAAUCUGUUCAGUAGUUUUCUGUGUAAUCCUGCUGACAAACCAACAAACCUCCUUGAGUAGCUGGAAAAGGAAUGAUGAUGCGUUUUUACUUUGAAACGAUGACAUAGUUACAGUUGACUAAUUCAUUAAAUCAACUAAUGGUUGCAGUUCUAUGACUAAUUCUGAUGAAAGCUAAGUAUUUUACGUCCUAUUUCAGCUGUUUAAGUUGAGCAUCUUGGUGAUAAAUCUUGGAAUUAUGAGACGUUUCUGAGUUGACAAAGAUCUCCUGAAUGCACCGUCAGAUCUGGAGGCUACAGUGACAUCAUCUGACUCAGGGAUGAGUUCCUGUGUAACAUUCAGUCCUCCUGAAAACCACAUCUACACCUCUGAACUCCUCGAAUCGGACCGACUCGCUUCAUAACUGACGAUCUGUUUUAGAUUUCUGUCAUCAAACUGAAUCUGUGGCUGCUGGACGUGAAAACAUUCGGUGUUGUUUGUUUUUAAACGGGGUGGAUUUCUCCUUUUUUAACCCGGACAAACGUUUUGUGCAUGUAAACACACGCAGUGAGCUGACGGAGGUGUUGAUGGAGCCUCCUCCUCCCUUCAGUACUGUAGACUGUACUUUAAACUAGCUAACACAGCAAUAGCACAAGCAGCUUCAGGGCGAAUAUAUGCAACAGUUUGUUUUCUUUGCUUCCUCUCUGCUGUCAGCUGAUCUGAUUAUCAGGUCGGGUUUGAUUUGUUUUCCAAAUCAAGACUUGUUAAGAGGAUUUUGUUGUUUUUUUUUGUUUUUUUUAAAAUGCUGAUUUAUGACUCACUGCCAAUUCUUGCACUCAGUAUUGGUUGAUUUACACUUUUUAUUAAAAGCACACACACACACACACACACACACACACACACACACUCAGGCCAGCUGUAGCACCAAUGAGAAUGAACGGGAACAAUCCACACGGCUUCACACCGAAGCUGCACAGCACAGCAGAUCUUUGUAUGUUUCUACACGUCACGUCGAUGUCUGCCAGCUAAAAUUUUGCACUAAUAAUUCUGCCAUUUACAAACCGGAGCGUCUGAGGCAUGAGGGAGCUUUGAAGUUGAUUUCGCUGUUUGAACAUCAUGAAUGAGUUAAAAUCCUUGGAUAUUUUAGGCUGCAGCUGACGAUUAUUUACAUUAUCGAUUAAUUGUUUUACCUGAACUCAAACUUGUCCAACAACCAGUCCAAAGACUCUUCAUUUACUGUCAAUAAUGACAAUGAAAAGCAGCAAAUCUUCACAUUUAAGAAGCUGGAACCAGCAAAUGUUUGACAUAUAUGCAUGUAAAAUGACGGAAAUAAUCAAACUACUAUUUCAUAUUCAUGUUAUUAAAACAGGUUUGUUUUGGAUGUUUCUAUCAGGAUUUAUAGAUCCUCAACAUACAAGUAAAGAAAACAGAAGCUGGACUGUUUCCAAAUGCACCAAAGCCGGAAGAAUCUCUGUGACAAAAUUACUUUUUAAACUGGAAUCGAGUGACUGUUAAUCCAAAGGUUAUUUUCAUGAUUAAUUGUUUGGUUGAGAAAUGUUAGGAAGUCAUAAAAAUGCUCAUUGCAGUUUGUCAAAGCUUAAUCUGAUGUCUUUGAAUUAGGGAUGCACGAUAAAGGCUUCAGACUCGAGUCUCUGAUAUCAUACCACUGCCAAAUAAGUUCACACAUUGCUGGUUACACCUCGACCCUCCAGAUAAAUCUCCCUGCUGUCUCUCACAGCUGUGGCCGAAUUGUUCAUCUCAAAAGAGAGAAAUUUAACACCCACAAGAGGGAGACAACAGUCUCAUCCUCCAGCUUUAAAAUUAAAUAUCAGCAUCGGCCUGAAAUGAACGUUUCUGCAGAUGAGAUGAAGCUUUAAUUUUGUUCAGCUGUUGGGAACCACUGACGAGCUCUUAUUUUGUGCAUCGCCACAAUUAAAUCAUGUGGAGACAAAUAUCAGCGUGGGUAUCAGCCAAAAUGAGGUGGAGAAUAUCAAAAGAUCCGAUAUUGUGCUUCCCUGAUUCGGAUUGUUUUUUGUUGUCCACCCCACAAGUCCCAAAGAGAUUAAUUUUACUGUCAAACGAUCGGUCAAGUCAAAAGCCAAAAGCACAACAGCUACACUUCUUGUUAAAACUGAGUUGUGACUGAAAUGUAACUUUUAAAUGUCGGUUUUAUCUUGGGACAACGUUUCUAAGUUUAAAUAUGUGUUCCAUCUUAGAAAAAACAGGAUUUAAAAACUGCAGUAACUAUAAAAUCCAACCAAAAAACAAAAAACAAGGCCUUAAUAAGAACAGGGCAGACUUGACUUAACGACCAGCUUUGUCUUUUGUAUUUUCCUGACCACUUGUCUUCGAACUCAAGGGGAAAAAACACAAAUAUUGAGGAAAGACGUGAAGGAGAGUUCAUAAAGAUGAGUGCAAAAAGCGAGAAGUCUUAAUCUCCUUUCCUUCUGUAAAGAUCUCCAGAGUACCGAAUGCUGAAGGAGAUAAACGAGAAGUAUUGAUGCAACUUUCUGGCACUUUCAGAGAAUUUGACCAGCUGCCACUAAGAUUUCUCAGCAAAACAAGAAUAUUCAACAGCAGUUAACGUAUCAGGUUUGGUGACAGGUAGUCAAAAAAACUCAAAAAGGAACACAGAAACCUAAAGGAACAUGCUGCCAUUAUUCUGGUUUUCUAACAAGUUCCAUGAGAAGACAACAAAACUAAGACAUGAAACUUCAAACUCAACGGGCUGCAGACGUCUACAGUUGCCUCGUGUAGCUUCACUUCUCUCGUAGCGUUCGUCUUCCUGUUUUCUUGCAGCUGUAGUUUUGUUUACAGGUGUUCUGCGGUAAAGCUUUGUGUAACAGAUGAUAACUGACAGUGACAAAGAGCUCAGUGCUAAAAAAAAAAAAAAAAAAAAAAGAAACUGAGGGGACAACGAGCCCCGCCUUCCACCGGAGGGUCGACCUCGCCACGACUUUAGGAUUGUCAAAGCCAUGUGUUUCUUUUUUUGUAUUUAUUUCAUUAAUUGUAUGGAAUAAAUAAUUAUGUACCCUGA